CACCAGAUGCUUCCCGAGAAAUUAUCCUUUCGAAAAAGAAAGAACGAACACGUCAUAGACACUCGACAAGAAUCAACGUGUAAGUUUCUAUUCGUUUGACGCUCUCUUAUACCUAGACAAAAUGUGCAUAUCGGUGACGGCGCUUAGUCGACGAGGAUUUACCUCGAGGGAUGUUAUGCGGUUCGGCAUUAAGCAACUUCAUUGCUCCAGUUGCGAAUCAACAAUGAACAACGUGCUGUCACGACGAUGUCCCGCAUCGUUGAACGUCGCCGAUGUCUCACGAAUUUUGGGCUGGUUUCGCGAGAGCACGAAAAUGUUUUCUUCCGUGAGGACUCCGAUUUCCUCCGACGUCGUCGCCGACGCUCUGACAAAGCGACAAGCAAAGGAGUUGGUGUCAAAGCUCACUUCGGAGGAACGUGGCUUGUUUUUGACAGCAUUAAACGAAUGCAAAUCAGCGGAGCAGAAGGCUGGUUAUGAAGGUCAACUGGCAGCUAUCCGAUGGAGGAGCAAGUUAGGCAGACCUAGCAAAAUACCAUCAUUAGGCGAGGUGGAUCCUACAGGAACCUACUGCCCUAUGCCGGACGAUUGGUUAAACCGCAAGUACGUUGAACACGUUGCAGAGCCAUCCACAAAAGACUUGGUAUUCGUCGCGAUCGCGAAUGCAAUUCCAUUCGUUGGAUUUGGUUUUCUUGACAACUUCAUCAUGAUCGUUGCUGGCGAUCAAAUCGAAUUGAUGCUGAACAGAAGGUUCCCUAUCUCUACCAUGGCAGCGGCAGCGCUGGGCAACACGGUAUCAGACGUCAUUGGAAUCGGUUCGGUGCAUUAUGUUGAGAUAUUUGCUCAAAAAAUCGGCUUCGAAGCGCCCAAAUUAACUCUAGCACAACUGAAUCUGCCUAGGACACGAAUAGCUGCGAAUGUGGGUCGAGUUAUCGGUGUUACGAUUGGAUGUAUUAUUGGCAUGACGCCUAUACCGUUAGCCGCGCUUUUUCGUAAUGAUAGCUGAAUUAGCCAAAAAAAAUGACUGAAAGAAACGAAUUAAUUUAAUUAAUUUAAUACAAUUAACUUAGUAUGUAGGACAGGCCGCAAAUACCCCACAAUAAGCGUUUUAUUUUACACAAAUGCUUAAACUUUUAUAGUUUUAAUGUUCAACUAUCGUAAAUAACACGAUUUCCAUC